UAACCUCAAUUAAAUGUAACGUUACCUUAGAUCGGGUAAUGUCACGAUCGAGAAUACAACGAAAUUUAACUAAAAUAAAUAUGUAUUUGCAUAACGUGACUAUAAAAGAAAAGACAAAAGUUUAAUCUAUAAUCUGAGCCUUAACUACAUAGGAGACAUACCAAGUGUUUAGUUCUUUCGUUUCUAACGUAACCGGUAUUUCAGAAAAGCAUUUGGACUGAAGAUAAGUCUGUAAGAAGAUAUCUAUUAUCAAGCAAAUAGAAAAAUGAAGGGUACCAAAAAAAGAAAAACUACAUUGAGUUCUCAAAAACAGAAAACUCCUGAUAUCGAAGCAACAAGCAGCAAGGAUGAAUCGAAAUCGAAAAUAAACUGGAGCAAAAAUGAUAAAGAAGUAUUGUUAGAAGCUCUGGAGAAAUAUGGAUCUGAAAAUAUUCAAGCUAUAUCGAAGAUGCUACCAAGGAUUCCUCCGAGGGAAAUAAAAUCGAAAAUACUUGAAUAUUCCAAAAUCGCUGCUAAUUUAGAAAAUAAUCAGUGCUUGGACAAAUGGUUGAAAUUAUAUCAACCUGGAGAUAGCAUGAUACCAGAAGCAUUGUUGUUUAUAUCAUUGUUUGAAGAACAUCCACCACCCUCUGAAUUAGAGGGUCACGACAUCAGAGCAAUAUACAAUUUCCUUUAUCGCUGCUGUUAUGAAGAGCCAUCAUUAUUUGACUUGUCACAAAAAGAUAGGAAUUUUUUACUUUUAUUAAUGGUUAAAGUACAACAAAAGAUAUGGCCAAAGUGCCAAGGAGAGCUCCUGCAAUAUGUUAGUAAAAUUAGCAGUGCAAAGAAAAUAAGAAGAGUAUAUCCAGGAAAGAGCGAACAUUCCUUAUAAUCUUUUAUAUGAUUCAGUAUGACAGUUGUGAUAAACAAAAUUUGACUGCUGUUUAUCACCUAUGUUACUAUAGGACUACUGUGUUUAUUCAUAAUCCAAAUAUGUAAGCAUAAAUGACAAAGUAAUUGGAUUUAUUUUCUGCAAGGCACAAAUUUACUAUCAAAAAUAUUGUAUAUUGAAAAUUUCACUUUGUUUUACAUACAAUGUAAUAAGAUAAAUAUUUAUUCCAAAGAAUAUGCUACAUUAAAAUAUAAGUUUCGAUAUAAUUGUAAGUAAAACCUAUGUGAUACCCAUAAGAUAAAAGAAUUAUUUUUAUUUUCUUUGUAUGAAUUAUCUAAUAUCCUUAUCUUCAACAAUAUAUUUAUGGAAUAAUAAUACAGUAAAUACAAACUGAUCAGAAUGUAGUAGGCAGUUCGUAAAUGGAUAAUAUCAUUCAUUUUAAUAUACCUAUACGUGGAAUAUAUAUAUAUGUAUAUAUAGAGAUAUAUAAAUCGUAAAUCAAAAUUUCGA